GCGAGAGGUAAGGCCAGUAGUGUCCUCCCUUCACUCUCGCAAUGGAUUUCUUUAUGUUGUUGUCAUUGUAAUAAUUUCUUGUUGAGUCGAGGGGUGCGUGUAGGAGAGAAUGCCAUCACAGGCCAUCAAGCCCACAUCUCUUGGGAUGACGGGUAUAAGAAACAAUGAUACGUGGACAGAUGGCCUUCCCAUCUGUAAACUCUCAGGUGUUGGUAUGUCUGCAAACCAGAUGUACCGUGAAGAUGGCACACCUUGCUCUGAGCAUGAGUAUGAGGAUCGCAGCAUUCACUUCUGUCUUGACCAUGAAAAUGGAACCUACCUCUAUGGGGUUUUUGAUGGCCAUGAUGGAGCAAAGGCUGCUUACUUUGCAUCGCAGAGAAUGCCAGCCGAGUUAAGUUUUGAGCAAUUGACUGGAAAAACAACAGAGGAGGAGGUAAAGGAGGUCUUUAGAGAUGCCUUCUUGGCUGUAGAGAAUGCCUUUCUUGAAUCUAUUGACCCAAAAAUUGCUGAACGCACCCAACUGCUGGACAAAAUACCUGAUGGAAUGUCUCAAUUUGAAGCUGCUCAAAAUUUUCCUGAAACUGUCAACAGAUUGCAGGUGCUUGACCAAGAUAUUAGAGGAGGAACAACAGCAGUUGUGGCACUCAUACAUGGAGGAAUGCUCUAUGUUGGCAAUGUUGGAGAUUCCAGGGCUCUUCUCUGUAAGAAAGACAGAUUGGGAGUAUUGAAAGUGAAGCAACUAACAGCUGAUCACACGACGAGUAGCCAUGAUGAAGUUCAGCGUUUAGUGUCCCUUAAUCUAUCUGCUUCUAAAAUCCAAGGAGCCAAAUUUGGUAAUCAUGAGCUGACAAGAUGUAUCGGUAACUACUUCAUGAAGGGAGGGUAUAAGGAGUUUGACAUUUUGAGCUCUGCCACAGCUGAGCCAGUAAUAGCAGAGCCACACAUCACAUCCAUGCCCAUUGAUGAGUCUUGCAGUUUCCUCCUCCUGAUGAGUGAUGGCCUCUACAAGUCUUACCAAGAUUCCACUGGUUCUGAGCAAGUCAAUAAAGAGAUCGCCCAGAUGGUUGUUGAACAAUUUGUGGAACAGCCAACUCUGACCAGUGUAGCACAAACAGUUGUUGACAAAGUAGUACGCUUGCACCACGACAACUACCUCACCAAACAGAGAAAUGUCACUUCGCGUGAUGAUAUCAGUCUCAUAAUCCGCAAUUUCAACUUUCCUCUGCGAUGUGCCCUCACUUCCUCGUCAGCUCUUCUGGGCGGUAGCUCUCCACGCCCUCUGAUCAGACAUCCACCACGACCCAGGCAGCAAGAAUAUUCGUCGUCAUCAUCAAGCAGUGAUGAUCUAACUUUGCGUGAGGAUUCAGACAUCUUAUCUGGCCUCCCAGGCUCACAUAUGCUUCCAGGGUCUCGUGGUCACAGACUGGACUUUCUAGAGAGUAUGAGCAACUCUGUUGAUGACCAUGGCCCCAUCCAUCACACAGACACUAACACAACAUCAACAGAAUCAUCUGAACUCCAGAAUCCUAGUCUUACACAGUUCUCUCUGGAUGAAGAUGGGCGAAUUCAUCCUUAUGUAAACUUUGAUCAGUAUUAUCAAGCAAUUGAGGAGGCACGUGCAGCUGGGCUUAUUACAGAAUCUCAGUUACAUCUUUAUAAGUGACAUAAACAGAAUUGGUUUUCAGAGAAUUAAAGGCUCUUCCUUUGCAUCACUUGUUUCAGUAGGGGUUAAAGUUUGAUGCAGCAUCCUUGAUGUCCAUGUUAGUUGAUUAUGUCAUGCAUAGGAGGAUGUAACUCAACUCUGGUCAGGAAUUAAAAGGUUUUGGUAUGUAGCUUUAAUAAGAUUUUAAUAUAUUUUAAUUAAGAACAUCAUUAAAUGAAAGCGUGUAUGAAAUCUAUAUUAAGUUCAUUUUAUUUUAGGAGUAAAUAAUGUUUAUAAUUUUAAUGUUUUAUUUUACUUACGAUUAAGCUUCUUACUGAUAAGUAUAAUUUAAGUAGUUUAAUGAAAGUUUAUAUAAUGUAUCUUAAGCCUUCGUGUAAUUUCAUAAUAUUCAGGGUAACAUUAUGCAGCCUUUGGCACGGCAGCAACAGUGCUGGUGUCAUUUCUAAGAUGCCCCUCACAUUUGUUUCUCAUAUUAUCCUUCUGUUUAAUUAUCAUUACCAUUUCCCUAUGAUGACUUUGUCAGACUGGGUCUGACAAAGUCAUGGGCUGAUGGCUGACUGUCUGAUGAUUGUGUAUAUGCUAAGUACAUUUGUGUCUGACAACUGAUGACUGUCUUAAGAUUAAGUCUGAUAGUGACUGCAGGCAGUACUUUUAGAUAUGAAGAAGCAUAGCAGGUGUAUAUACAGGCUAGUGCUCUUCCAAAUUAUAGGAAGACAGGCCGGACCAGCAGCAUUCCAAGUACUGACAGAGUGGUCACUUGCUUGGCCUCAGUCCUUAUAAUAAUUAUCUGAUUUUUUAAAAUAAAGUACAGUUCGGUAAAAACCAUUCUUUAUUUGAAUUUAAAAGUAUAUAUAAUACUGUAUAUCGAUAUUAUGAUUUAUAUUUUUUUUAACAUGAAGGAAUUCUAGUAUCGAUCAAAAGUAAAUACAGAAGCCCCCAGUAUGGCUAGUGCUAUAACUACAUUGUUUGGUCACUGGCAAUAAAAUAUCAUAUCUUUGGCCUAUUGAAAGUAGAGUAAUAUUUUAAGGGAUAGUAUUUUGAAGAUAGAAAAAGGUGGGGUCCUAUGUUCCAUAAAAAGUGGUAUACUCACUAACUUAAUUUUGGGUAAUAUCAAGAUGACAAGUUGACUGAAAUCUUCUUUCUGAACAGCACUGCAGUUUCUCCUCUUAAGCCAUAGCCUGGACUUAAUCCAGGUCAAGAUUUAUACAUUAGUAACAGGUGUGCUGUUUAGUCAUUAGGAUAUGGAUUACAUUUGGAAGAUAGUUUCUUUAGAUUUCUAGUACUAAACUAUGUUUUAAAACUUUAAUAUUAUACUAACUUGUACAUGCACAGCACAUAAUUGUUGCUAGGACACUUUUUGGUUAAAAACCAAUUGAUAAUUAAUAAUUUCAAGGUAAUAUCGCUUGCUGUCUGUCUUGUAUUAAAUUUUAGGAAGCAAAUGCAGGUUCAUUUGCUACUGAGCUUAAUGAAGUUUGAUCUAUUGUUUGUACCUGUUGAUCUGAAGGACACAUGAACAUUUGAAGCUGUACUGUGUUCCCUUUUAUGUAACAUGGCCUUGGCUCCAUGCUAGACUCGAGUUGUACUCUAGUCAUUCUCACCUUCAUUUUUAAAGCUGCAUUUUCUUAGCUGGGUCCCCUCAGUUGCUCCCUGAAUCAGGGCCUGGGAUCAUUUUCGACACUGAUCGUAUGCCAGGCUCUAUCCAAUGUGUAGCCUCACUGUGAGAAGGAACUUGACAAAUAGUCCUGUCUCAUAGCUGGAAUGGGGGUUGACAUUGGAGAGUAUCACAAAUGAUCACCAAGUAACCACUUACCUUACAAAACAACAAACCAAUUCAUCCCCUCCUGUUAUCUCCCAAACUUAACUUUGCACCUCCUGUCAUCCCUCUAAUUCAUGCUGGGAGUGGAACUCUAUGCCUCUGCAUGUUUUUUUUUUUUUUUACUUAUUCUCUGUGGCCCUUGUGCUUCGUGGUGCUUUGAUGAGUUGCUAAUUAAUAGAACAAUAAUUGCCUAUUCUUGUGAUUUCCAAUGAUCACUUGCUGUUGGUGUAGAGUGGUUUGAUUUAGUUUUUUGUCUUAUAGUAAGGGUCAUUUUAUGGUGAAUAGUAAGUGGAUAUUAAUUAAUAUUCUCUCUAUUGUCUUCAGUGUGUGACAAGACACUUGCAAUAUCUUGUCACAUUUGGUCACUGUGGAUCCAAAAGUGCAAGCAGCUUCCUGUGCAAACCCAAGCCCUUGCUUAGUAGAGGAAUAGAAAGACCACUCAGAUAAGAGUAUGCCACAGCUUAAUUUUUUAUCAGCACCAUGCACCACUAGUCGUUAAUUUUUAAAUAGUAUAAAUGUGAAAAGUUAAGCAGUCUUCUUAAACUUUAAUUUCAUCUCUUGAGUUUAUCAUCAAUUUUAUUUAUGCUUAAAAAUUUGUUGAAACUGCUUUGUCAUUCUAAAUGCUGAAUAGGAUGCCCUAAUUUUAGUGUAAUGUAUAUAUCAAGAAAGUGAUCUUGAACAUGUUCAAACAAAGGAUAUCAUUUGCUACUUACAUCACACAUUGUAUCACAAACUGGUUUAUGCAUCAUCUCAAUUCAGUUAGCAAUAAGGCAGCGCAUGUAGUGACAAAGGCAUUUUGUCCUCUUGAAAAUCAGAGACACAAAGCUCGUGUUGAAAUAAACAAUAAAUGAAGCCAAGAAACUUGAUCUAUCUUAAGACUAUUAUAGUACAUAAUAUUAGUCAUGAGCUAUAUUGAACUUUAUAUUGGUUAGGUUGUCUAAAUGUUUUUCUAAUUUGUACUUUGCUUGUUUUAUUUUAAACAAAAUUAAAUUUUACAUGUUAUAUUUUGGUAAAAGUCCAUAUUAUGUCCAAAUGCCUUUUUCACUAUAUACUGUAAUUAGAAUAUAUGCUGUCCCACUGGAUGGGUUGUAUCAUUGACAUUGUAUACCUUUCAUCUCAAAUACAUUUUUGAUUGAUAAGUGCUUAUGGCUGGCAUCUAGGUCUUGUGUGCCUGAAAAGUGAUGCUAUUUAUAUGCAAGUCUAUAUUUUUAUUGUACAGAGAAUACUAUACAGUACUGUAGCGCAACUCAAAUUUUAUACAGGUGUAACGUAAGUUAAGACUUUUUGGCUGAAACAUAUUAUCAUAUUCCUAGUAAAUAAUAUAUUUCAACUUUAACAGUAUUUGAUAGUACAUAUAAAUGUUUAUUAGAAUUUGUACUUUUAAUAAAAAGACUUGCAAAUUGUAUUUAAAAUUGUUAAAAUUUUUCUUAACAGUUUUUGCAUCAUCCAGGUUUACCUAUGCAUGCCAACUUUGCCUUAGUCUGACGUGUGAAGCAUCAAAUGUUGUGUAUCCCACCACAGUCUUCCAUCAACUUGCAUAAUGUUGAAUUAAAGAACUUAAAAGAAAUUAAAUAAAACUGCUGUUUUAUUGUACUAUUUUAUGCA